AUGUGGCAAUAAAACGAUGAACUUUUAGAUUUAUGCACGAUUUAAAUCUAAUCAAUAAAGAUUUUAACUAAUGAUAUAUUUUUGAAUUCUCACUAUGAGACUUUAAUGUUGGAUUAACUUAAAGACUAUUGCUCUUUGACUUAUUCAAAUAGCAAGCUAAGAAAAUAUUUAUAAAUCAAGUAAAGCUAAGAAAAUCCUAGUGUUGAAUUUUAAUAGAGUCUAAGCCAAAUAGUACUUGAAUAACCUUCUAUUGAUUAGUUAAAAUAAAUAAAAUUCAAAGAAAUUGCUACUCUUAAUGAAAUUAAUUUAUCUAAAACACAAAGGGCCAGAAUUAAAACUUUGUCUUUUCAAACAACUUAAAAUGAAAUUUUACAAAACAAUGAGCCGGAAUGCUUAUAAAUAGAAAACACUGCUAACAAUAUAUUUAGUAUGUCUACAUUUUACUCCCCAAGACACAAUACUUUGGGAGAGUAAUAGUUUAUUUUACAAAGUACUGCUAGAACUUCAGAAAAAGAAAUAGCUUACUAAAUUAAUAGUAAAAAUAAUUUGUUAAGUAUGUAAAAUAUGUAAAAGCAUAAUGUUGUAAGAGAGAAAUAAAAUUCAAUUGAAGAUACUGACUCAGAAAAUGAACAGAGCUAAAGUUUGAAGGAAGAAAAAUAAAAUAAAUCAUCAGUACUAGAAACGCUUAACCAAAUUUCAUCGUAAUAAAAAUCUUUACCUUAGAAUUUGCAAUCAGUAUCAACAUCUAUAAAUUCAUCUUACAAAGUAGAAAAAUUGCAGAUUUAUAAUACUUUCAAAUCAAUUAAUAAGCCUUUGUUAUUCUUAGUAAUAAGAAAUAUUUCAAUAAUUUGUCUCGUUACUCUUCUCAUAUUUAUUUUGGUUGUUUUUAUCAAUUUAAGAACAUCUUUUUAGCUCAACACUAAAAAUUUUUAUUAUAUUUCAUGGGGAAAUAAUUUAAGAGCUGAGAGAAGUAAAUGCUUAAAAAGCAUUUUUGUGUAAAUGAUAUUAAGUAAUCCUCUUUAUGGUUAUUCAAGCGAUCCUAAUUUAAAUUUAUACUAGAGUUAAAUACUUUCAAAUGCUGCAUAGUCUUAUAAUUAAUAUUAGUAAUUUAUUACUCAACUAACUCAUGAAAAAAUGGAAGAACUUAAUUUCAUGCAAAUCCUUUUUGAGUAGUACUCAACGGUAUUCUACUACAGCCUUCAAAAAUAAGCAAACAUAACGUCUUCAGGAAUAUAUACUUUGUUAAUGGAUUUUUAAUCUGUUUUUUAGCUUUUAAUAAUGUAGCAGUAUAACCCUUUAACUGAAUACAGUGUCUACAGCCGUUUCUCUAGUAUUGCAAGCCUAUUGGCUCUUAUUUAAUAGUCUUAGCAGCAAUCUGUUUUAGAUACCUUUAAUCAAAUAUAUUUUAUUCUGGUUAUUCUUUUGAUAGUGAUGGUAAUAAUAUGCACUUUAUUUGUGAUUGUAGUAUUCCCUGCAUAUGCUUUUUGUUAGAACUACAAGUAAUAAAUUUAUACCCUUUUUUCUGCUAUAGAUAUAACCUAAAUCAGAGAAAUUCAUAAAAAUCUUAAUUAGAGCCUUUUAAUAAUUUGCGAUAAAAAUACCACACUGUAGUAAUCCUAUAGAAAGUAUUAAAAUAGCGGAAUUUUAAACAAAAAAAAAUCAAUUUCUUCAACAACAAAAUUAAAGAAAUUUUCAAUUAAAAUUUUUAUUUGUACAACAAUUUUUUAUAUAAUUUUAAUGAUUUACCCUGUGAUAAAUUUAAUAAUAACCAACAACUUAAUUAAUCAGUAAAACAGCAACUAAGAUCUAUAAGGAGCUAUAUUGACCACAAAAGCUGCAUUUGUUAGUAUUAUCACAACAUAUUCUUUAUAUGCAAACUCUGCUCUUAAUCCAAAUAAAAAUAACUUUUAAGCUUAAUAUUCAUAAAAAUAUAAAUAGUUAGCACAGUUAGCUCAGUAAUCUUAUCAAAAUCUAACUUAGAUAGUGUAAAAAUAAGAUUUAAUAUAAAGAUAUGAUUAGGAUAAUUACAAUAAAUUUGUAUUUUAAAUUCUUGAAAAAGAUGCUUGUAAUCCAAUAUUCAAUAAUCCUUAGCUUGUUUAUAAAAAUUUAACUAAUUUUAAUGAGAUAACUUGCAAAUAACUGAUUGACGGUUAGCUAAGCAACGGACUUUUAAAUUCAUUAUCAUAUUUUCUCAAUAUUAUGAACAAUAUAUUUAUCCUUCACCUUGAUAAAGAAUCAAUUAGUAAAUAAUAAGAAUUGUCUAAUUAUUUAUAAAAGUAUAGACUUUUAGAUUUAAAUAUGGCUUCAGAAUAUCUAUAAACAGUUUAAGAUAUCCUAAAUAAUUUUAUUUAUAGUAAUAUUUCUGAUUUUUUUAGUUACAUGAAUAACAUACAGAUUGCUCUUUUAAUUUAUUAGUUUAUAGUGCUCAUAAUAGCAAAUUACUUGGCAUUUUUUGUCUUCUUUAAAUCUAUUUCUAGAUCAAUGAAUUAAGCUAAAAAUUCGCUUACAAUAAUUUAAAUGAAAUAUAUAAUAGAAAGUCCUUAUAUUAUGAGUUUUGUAAAAAAGUAAUAAUAAAUUUGA